AGCGUCGCUCCUAAAGAGGAGGAGGAGGAGGAAGAAAGCGAGCGAGGAGGAUGGCGGAGUGCUGGCUCUUGACGGUUAAGCAUCUCUAAUCUGAACAUACAAAAUGUUCUGAAAUUUGAAACUUGGGAGCACUGGUGAAGCUCAGAAUGUUUUAGAUUUUGGAGCAUUUUGGAUUUUAGAUUUUUGAAUUAGGGAUGUUCAAGAGGGAAAGUCUGCACAAUAUUCCAAAAUCCAAAACACUCUGAAGUACUUCUGGUCUCAAGCAUUUUGGAGGAAUUCUAAUGAAUCAUUGGCCAGUACCAUUUUACCAGUUGGAAUGAGUUAUAUCAGAAAUGGGCAUAGUGCUUUUAGAUCCAACAUGUAACAAAUGGAUGCUACUUUAUGCUGAUGAUUUCUUCAUGGCAACAUCUUUUUGAUUGUGAAGGAUCUUUGUCUCUUCAUCUUUGUCUUUGGAUUUUGGGCAAAUAACAAGAGUUCAUGUAGUUUUUGUCCACGAUUGAGUCACCAUGAGUAGUAGUUUAGGAAAAGAAAAAGACUCUAAGGAGAAAGAUCCCAAAGUAUCAUCAGCCAAGGAAAGAGAAAAGGAGGCAAAAGCUUCAGGAGGUUUUGGAAAAGAAAGCAAAGAAAAAGAACCUAAAACCAAAGGGAAAGAUGCCAAAGAUGGAAAGAAGGACUCCAGUGCUGCCCAACCCGGUGUGGCCUUUUCAGUUGACAAUACGAUCAAACGGCCAAAUCCAGCACCUGGAACUAGAAAAAAAUCGAGCAAUGCUGAGGUGAUUAAAGAGCUCAACAAGUGCCGGGAGGAGAACUCAAUGCGCUUGGACUUAUCCAAGAGGUCUAUACACAUACUACCAUCAUCAAUCAAAGAGUUGACUCAAUUAACAGAACUUUAUUUAUACAGUAAUAAAUUACAGUCCCUCCCAGGAGAAGUGGGCUGCCUAGUAAAUCUCAUGACGCUGGCUCUAAGUGAAAAUUCACUUACCAGUUUGCCUGACUCGCUUGAUAACUUGAAGAAGCUGCGGAUGCUUGAUUUACGGCAUAAUAAACUGAGAGAAAUUCCUUCAGUGGUGUAUAGGCUAGAUUCUCUCACCACUCUGUAUCUUCGCUUUAAUCGUAUAACUACUGUGGAAAAGGAUAUCAAAAACCUAUCAAAACUCAGCAUGCUCAGCAUUCGAGAGAACAAAAUCAAACAGUUACCUGCUGAAAUUGGUGAAUUAUGUAACCUCAUUACGCUGGAUGUAGCUCACAAUCAACUUGAACACCUUCCAAAGGAGAUUGGAAACUGCACACAGAUAACCAACCUUGACUUGCAGCACAAUGAACUGCUAGACCUCCCAGAUACUAUAGGAAAUCUGUCAAGUUUAAAUCGACUUGGUCUGAGAUACAAUAGACUGUCAGCAAUACCCAGAUCACUAGCAAAAUGCAGUGCACUUGAAGAAUUAAAUUUAGAGAACAAUAACAUUUCUACUUUACCAGAGAGUCUGUUAUCAAGUCUUGUAAAACUGAAUAGCUUGACGUUAGCUAGAAAUUGCUUCCAGUUGUAUCCAGUGGGAGGUCCAUCUCAGUUUUCCACCAUUUACUCCCUCAACAUGGAACACAAUCGAAUCAAUAAAAUUCCAUUUGGAAUUUUCUCCCGAGCAAAAGUACUAAGUAAGCUGAAUAUGAAGGACAAUCAGUUGACAUCUCUUCCUUUGGAUUUUGGAACUUGGACCAGUAUGGUUGAAUUGAAUUUAGCCACAAAUCAGCUUACAAAGAUCCCUGAGGAUGUUUCUGGUCUAGUCUCUCUAGAGGUUCUAAUAUUAUCAAACAAUCUUCUAAAGAAGCUUCCCCAUGGUCUUGGAAACCUUAGAAAGUUAAGAGAGUUGGAUCUUGAAGAGAACAAAUUGGAGUCCUUGCCAAAUGAAAUUGCUUAUCUUAAGGAUUUACAGAAAUUAGUUUUGACAAACAACCAGUUGAGUACUCUUCCCAGAGGCAUUGGUCAUCUUACCAAUCUCACACAUCUAGGCCUUGGAGAGAACCUACUCACUCAUCUUCCUGAGGAAAUUGGUACACUGGAGAACCUAGAAGAACUGUAUUUGAAUGACAACCCCAACCUGCAUAGCCUUCCCUUUGAGCUGGCUCUCUGCAGCAAACUUUCAAUCAUGAGUAUUGAGAACUGUCCACUUAGUCACCUUCCACCUCAGAUUGUUGCUGGGGGACCUUCUUUCAUCAUUCAGUUCUUAAAGAUGCAGGGUCCAUAUCGUGCCAUGGUUUGAUAGAAAUCUGCUGGUCCCACACACUGUUCAAAAAUAAGCUGCCAUUGAUGUUUCAUAUCUGUAUCUAUCUAUGUAGAUAUUGAUAUAUAUGGCAGAUUUAUAAAGACUGCAUUAUGUGUUUCUGCUAAUAGAGGAAUUAUAGCCAUUUAGAUUUUUUUUUAAUUCUGUACAAAAAAAGGCUUAUGUAAGUUUUCUUUGCUAAAUUUGAUAGAUGUUUUUCCUUUGUGUAAUCUGAAAUACCAGUUUGUGUAAAAAAACUUGCCAGCAAAUUAUGAAGUUACUAAAAUUUAAGGAACAGAGAUAGUAUAGUUAGCUAUCUUUUCUCUUAAGAAAAAUACGGCCAAGGCUUUUGUUGGAACUUUUCAUAUAUAUUUUCCCAAUACCAAUUGUCAAAUCUUCAUAGUAUCUUAGGCCCUGAAACUAGAAUUUUUCUUUAACUUAUUUUAAAAUUGGAGAUUUAAAUUUUAUAUAUUCUUUAUAGUCAGAGGAAAUCACUGGAAUUUUUUGUUCGUUUUGAUUUGCUCUGUUCUAAUCAGUCAAAAUUAGAGCUUAAUCCUCUUAAAGAAUUUGCAUCAGUUGGUUUAAAUAUUAAAUAUUUGUUUUGUUUGAAACAACUGGCAAAAUGAAAAUAUAUGAUCAGAAAUCUAGAAUUCCAUUAAUUUUGCUUCUCUGAUGAACUGUGAAGCAAAAGAUCUGAAGUAAGUUUUUUUUUUUUUUGGGGGGGUGCGGGGGAGUAUUGAAAUCUUCCCUAGUAUAAAUGUUUUCUUAACUUGGAAGAACAGAAACUUGUGAAAAAAAUUUUUUUUAUUCCUAAGAGUUGCAGAGCCACAAAAACUUAACAGAGAAAUUUGGCAAAUAAAUAAAUUACACACAAACACAUUCUAUAUAUGUAUAUACAAUGCUAUAUAGAUAUGUAUUUAUUAUAUCAUAAACUACAAUAGGUAACUUUGAGGAUUUUUCCCUAUCCUUGUACAAUGAAAUGAAUGUCUUUCUUUGAAAACUGCAAUAUAUGUAUGUUUCAAGGUUAUUUAACAGUGUACUAUGGUUUUAUAUCUUGACUUGCCUUGUACAUCUUUCUGUUUUGGAAUAUCUGUGUCUUAAGCACAAUAUCUUCACACUGUGCUAUAUUGCUGCUGAACUAAAUGCACUUUUCCCCAAAUAUGGGGCACUGGCUUCAAACAAUUCAGUUCAGUACCAUUACUUUUAAUCUCAUCUCUUCUCUCUUGGUAGUUGGUAAUACAGUUAUGGAAAAGAGGCACAUUGCAUAGAAGCCAUUGGUAGUUCUGUGGAAGUUAUGUCAGAUGUGCAUGUCCUAUUUAAUACAUUUUCUUUCUUUAGCUUUUCUGCCUUUUAAGACUAGCAA